AUGUCUGGUCACUGUCAAGCUUCUCAUGAGUGUUCUCAUGACUUCUCUGAUCACUUUUUGCUGGCUGAUGAAGCAGGGAUGCUGCUGUUCAUGACUGCAUCUUCAUCUUCCUCAGCCUCAUCACUGCACUCAAUCUUCAGACCAGUGACUCAUCUCAUCUCUCCCCCAGGCCAGCCCCUGACUCUAAGCAGCACAGUUCUCUCCUUUACUCUUCUGAUGUUGUCAGUGUCUUCUACAGCCCUGCAGAUCUAUGAUCACCUUCUUCCUGCCUGCACAAUCUCUGACCAGGCAUAUGUAAAUAUGCCUAGGUUCCCUGUCAAUGGUCCUCGCGCCGCGGCGCAUUUCUGCAAUCUCAUUGUUAAUGGGAGAUGA